UGAGGAUGUUCUUGAAAAUGGAUGUGUCGAAGACGAGCUCACUCCCCGUGUCUAGAGCCACGCGUCUUGAACCGUCGCAGCCUAUAGGACAUGCCUGCUGCAGCAUCACCAAGAACAGAGGGUUGAAGUUCAAAACAAUGAAGCUUCUGUCGAUGCUGUUUAUCCUAUCCGUGAUUAACUUGCAAGACGCAGUUCCAAUUGUGUGAGCUCCUGUUUAAUUAAAUAUGUUAAGACGAUAUGUUGUUGUUUUAUUUAAAUAAUAACGUCAUCAGUGAUGAUAUACAUUGCAAACAGUGUCAGUCUAACAUUUUUUUUCUUCAUAAUACUCUAUAUUCAAAUAGAAGUUUAUGUCCUUAUUCGUUAAAUAAUUUUAUAAUGUAUUUCACAUAACUAAAACUAUCGCAUAAAAUUGUGACGACUACUUUUUUAAUUUGUAAAAUAUCAAAACCAAUUGCAAUUUGCUAUUUUAGAGAUUUUCGGUAUUAAACGAUAUGCUACGUCUGUCUACAAAGAACAACGAAAUUAUGAUAAACAGUGUAAUUUGUUUUUUCUUUAAAGCAAAAUCCUAAACUUAUUUCUCAAUAAACUAACCAGACCGAAGCUGGAACCCGGGGCUGUCAUGUUAACAGUGUAAUUUGUUCUGUAGUAAGAUGACAAUAAUAGUAGAGAACAUAUAAAAUACCCAAAUGGUGAUAUACUUUACUGACCUAAGAGAGCAAAGAAAUCUUCAGUGUUAAGCCCGAAUUUAGCAAAUACUUUUAGCGUCUCGGUGAUGACAUCAGUCUGAGACGGAAGGCUUUUGACGUUGGCUGCCAAUGAAACUUUUCCAUCUUUACGUCCUAGUUUUACUUCCCAGUAUAUACGGUCCCUUCGUCUGUACAUGCAGUUUCAUUGUAUGUGCGCACAAAAGGUUAUAUACGAUCAGUAAUAUAUAUAAGUUCUUUUUUGUCAGAAAGUUUUCGUACUGAUAUAUCUUUGAGUUUCCGUUCUAUGCAGAUUUUAAAAUAAAAACGAGAAGACCAAUCCAAGCUAGUCCACUUAGGACCAAAUAUUUGAAAAUUUUGUUUUUGUUGAUAAAUAAAAUUAUAUUUCAACAAAAACUAUCCAAUAAAAUCUAUCUUACAGUAUAUAUGUGUGUGUAUUAUAUACAUAUCUCUUAAACUUUAGUUAUAAAGUUCUUAUGUCAAUUCAUUAGAUCUAACAUAGUUUGAAUAACUAAAAAGUUAGUAAAUUUUGUCCCCAUGCAUGUCACUUUGUCUUGUUUUAACCGUCCAUAGUUUUGCUUACCUCUCCCAAAAGCAUAUGCAAUUAUUAAUCGCAGGUAUUAGUUGGAUAUGCAACCAGAGUCGGUUAUUACAAAUACGAUCUUUAAUUUGGUAUAAAAAAAAUAAAGAGAGUCGGUUAUUCACAAGUAUUAAGGAAAAAUUGAAGUCCGUACAAUAUAGGAUAUGAUAUAUAUUGAGGAAUCUGUCUCACUAUAUAUACAAUUCCCUCUCCAACCAAAUCGUAAAACAAAACACAAAAGAAAAAACUCUGAGAAAUAAUCCAAAAAAACCUACGGUUGUUUUCCAAGAGAGUCAUCGAUCACACGAUGCCUAAACGAAAACGAGGCGUUUACGAGACUAUCAGUAGCAUUCCGAAUAUGUUAGUAAAUAUACCUCACGAUGUGGUGGUAGAUCAGAUUCUUGAGAAACUUCCGGUGAAAUCACUAUUGAGAUUUAGAGCUGUGUCGAAACAAUGGAGAACUGAAAUAGAGUCCCCACGUUUCCAGGAGAGACAUCUGAGACAUCAGCAGAAAUCUCGAGACCCGAGCAUCCUGAUAUGUCAUCCUAGGCUUGAAAAACGUGGAAAAGCUUCUCUUAGGUCAUUGAGUGUGGGAGCAACGUUAGUUUCAGAAGAGAACCAUAUUCGUUACCCUGUCGCUUCGAAAAGGGAAAUUAACGUGAGAACUACACGGAGUUGUGAUGGUCUGGCUUGCCUAUAUUCAAGCACCUUCAUAUAUGUGAUCAAUCCCGCAACUAGAUGGCACCGUAAACUCCCCGAGGCGAGAUUUCAAACACUUGCUCAAGUUACAUAUAACCGCUUUAACCGCUUUCGACGCCCUUUCCUGGGAUUCGGUAAAGACAAUAUCACAGGGAUGUACAAGAUUGUUUGGUUGUACAACUCUCAUUGUGUAUACCUAGACGGGCAAAUUAAUACAUGCGAGGUUUUCUCUUUCGAGAACAAUAACAACACUUGGAGGCAUGAUGUGAUUGUUUCUUGUCCUUAUCCAAUACUACAUGAUAAAGUACCAGCGCAUGCACAUGGAUUUCUCUAUUGGUUCAUUGACGCCGUCACAGAAGCACAAGUCUUAUCGUUCCAUCUUCACACUGAGACUUUUGCGGUAAUGGCAAAAAUACCCGUUGCAUAUGCACCUCAUCACCGAAUCACUAUGUGCACCUUGAAUGACCGCCUAUGCUUAUCGGAGGAUAAGGGAGACACACAAACUAUAUGGUCGUUAAAUCAAGACAAUGUGACAUGGGACAAAACUUAUUCCAUAAAUCUCCGGUCAACCCUCAAUUGUAUCGAAGAGAAAUAUCUUUACUCAAUGCCACCGGUCGCAUCACUCUUUGACAACAGGCUAUUGCUUUAUGAUUGCAGCGAUGACGAAGGCAAGCUCGUGCUUUACAAUUUCAGAUUAAAUUCAUAUGGUAAAUUUUUUACUGAGCCUCGUUAUUAUCUGGGAAGUGCCGUCCCUUAUUUCCAAAGCUUGUUCACUCUUCGCUAAACUAUUUACUACUUUCUUUUAUAACAUUAUUAGGGGUUGGAAUAUUCGGUUUUGUAAAAUCUAAUAAUUGAUACUUAUUUUUAUAGCUAUGUGCAUGGUUACAAUAAAUUAACUGUUAAACAUUUGGUCUUAUAUUAUGUCAUUUUUAGUACUAUAAUAUGUAUUAAUAUUUUGGCUUCUUAGGUUUCUAGUUAUUUUUAGAUUAAUAUUGUUCUUCUUCACUCACGGUUCUGACUAUAUGUUAUUGAUUUGUAUUUAAAAGUAGUUAGACAAUGUAAUUAUUUUUAUGAUAUGUUUUAUAAAGUCUUGUAGUUCGAUGUACAAUUUUUGUUAAGUUUGUUUUUCUAUUGCAUUUUUAUUUUUUGGAAUUAGUAUUUUCAUCAUACAAUAUAUAUUAGUUUGAAAAUUAGUAUAGAUUGAGUUAUUCGUUUUCACUAUUUUUGGUGUGGAAAAACAUAGUCUAAACAUUUGUAAUUUGAUCGAUCUUAAAAUUAAAUUAUUUUGUUUUCAUCAUACGCCAUUUCCAACCAAUUAUAAAGUAUUUAGUUCAGCCUGAAGAGGAAGAGAAGCUCCGGUGGUGGCUUGAGCAAGAA